AGACAGGAACCAUGUCCAAGCGAGGCCGACAGGAGGAUGCUUUUGUGGAGGAUGAGGAGAUCGACGAAGAUCAUGCUAGCGAUCUCGAUGAAGAAGAUAUCAUGGAUGAAGGCGUGGCAGACGGCGACGGAGAUGAGGAAGAGGAUGGCCUGAUGGACGAUGACCAAGGCGAGGAGGACGAGGACAGUGAGGAUGAACUCCAAGACGAAGAGAUCGACGAGGAGCAGGUGGGCCACGACUCUCAUGACAAAGAUGGGAUGGUAUGGAUGGAUGCCUCAUCUGCUGCGUGUGUGGCUGUAGGAAGCGCGUGACGCUGACAUGGAUCAAUAUGUCAGGGCCGAGGAGGCAGGUACGCUCGUCCCGGGAUGAAGGCGCUGUCUGAUCCAUCCAUUGUGUGUGUCGUCUAAACGUCUGCAGCCAAGAUUGGGAGCGCCGUGGCCGAGUCUGGAGCCAUCGUGCCCGUCAAGACCGAGCCAUCGGCGGAGCUUGACAAGAUUGCUUCGUGUAAGCACAAACAGGAAUGUGGCUUCUCUUAGUACCUGGUGUUGCUCACCCAGCCAUUUCUGAGAUACUGUCGAGGCCCGUCAAGGGCAAGGGACUCAUGGCUGAGGUAUCAAGGGCAAACCACAGGCAGGCCCUCGAUUCACUGAGCACCCCACAUUCUCGUUGGCGUGGUGUAGGCCCCUGUCCUCUCUGAAAGGAGAGACCUCCUGCAAGCCGUUGACGUACGUAGCGAUUCCAUGACACCUACAGCUUAGGCGUACCACUGACGGCUGUGGUGCGUGUGUGGUGCAUGUGUGUGUGUUCAGGAGAGGCGUCAAGAGGAGAAGCUGCGGCGGCGGCUAGCGCACGAGAAGAAGAAGCUUCGGGAGGCCGCCCACCAGCCGGUGGAUGUCCUGCAAAAGGACUUUGAGCGACAGCUCAAGAAAAUAGCGACUAGAGGAGGUGAGUACAGCCGUGAGAGAGAACACACCCGCAUGUUUGCUGAUGUCGUCUGUCUAUGCGUGUGUGUGUGUGUGUGUGUGUGUGCAGUGGUGAAGUUGUUCAAUGCCGUUAUGGACUACCGCCAAAGACAGCCGCGCAUCGAUGCAGAGCACAAGAGAGAGGAGCUGAAGGAGAAAGCGAAAAGACACCAGCAGCACAAGGCGCGAAGGCUGGCCAAGAAGAGCAACGGUGAGGUUAGGAAGACGUGGGAUCACAUUUGCCGACACACACACACAUUUGUGUGUGCGCGCUAUGUAUGGGCAGUUGAGGCGGAUGAGCGAGGGAAAAAGGCCUUCCUUGCUGUCCUCAACUCAUCCAAGAAUGCCCCUCCUGCAGCCAAGGGCAGUGCAUUCAAUGUCAAAGAGCAGGUCAAGCAGGAGGACGUAUCCUCCUCCAGCAAACAGAUGGUGAAUGAAGCAGAAUCUGGUUCUGGCCGACUUACUUAAGUUGUCUUUCACGAGUCGUUGUUGGAUCUCUGUGUGCAGGUCGUGUGAUGGAUAAAUCACGCGCAGAACAGUGAAGUGUGCCAGUGCCAGUGUGUACAGUGUGUGCCCGCCGUGUACGUGUGUCUGUGUGUGUAUGCGUUGCUGUGUCUGUAUGAUUGACUGACACAUACAUAUGUG